AUGGGAGCGAGAGAUGUGGCCAAGACCGGUCGUCGUGGAGAUCCUUGGGGGAGGCCUAUGUCCUGCAGUGGACGUCUUUUGGCUGAUGAUGAUGAUGAUGAAAUGGAAGCGGGAAAUUUAAUUUACGAUUGCAUGAGGAUCACAUCCGAAAUAAUAGCAGAAAUAUCAAAUAAAUUACAUACCAAGUCUUCCAUAUCUGCUAAAGAAUUGCAAAUACUCAAAAAUGGUUUGAUGGAUCCUAAAAAUGUGGAGAUAUUUCUACAUGUGCAUGGUGCUUUAAGAGGUCUCAUUAGGGAGCUAACAUGUUCCGAUAUUAAAAAGCAGUGUAUAUCAGCUGGUUGUGUUUGUAACCUGUCUCUUGGAGACAGUGGAGGCUGCAGCAUCAUUGCCAAGGCCGCUGGGCCAUACCUCAAUGCUUCACUCGAUAAUCUGACUGUGGAACUAGCUGUAAACUGUGCUUGGGCACUCGGUAAUUUGGCUGGAUCUGAUGUCAAAGUAUGUAAAAUUCUGGUGACUCAAGGAGCCCUGAACAAAUUGUGCAAAGUUUACAUAAACGAAGACAUUCAGAAUGCUGUUUUAUAUGCCCUGCUGCACUUUGUAUAUCAAUUGAAAGAUGAGUUGAGGCAAGCCAGAACACUUGCAAGAAAUCCUGCAAAUGAUUACAGAACUGGAAAUAACUACAUCUUCAUCACAGAUACUCUUCAUAUUAUCAUGUCACGAGAAUUUCCCAGAACACAUUUCAGAUCAAUUAUUAAACAAAAUUCUUCUCAAAGUCACAUCUUUAAUACAGUCACAACAAAAUAUCAAACAGGAAUCAGAUUGUGA